AUGGAUGCGCAAAAUAACCUAUUGGUUAAAUUUGCUGACGAUAUAACGACAAGUGCUCCAGUAAAAUCAGGAUCGGAUUCUGCUGAGGCUGAGGUGGAAAGCAUUCAGAAUUGGUCGGAAGCAAAUCAAAUGACAUUAAAUCUUUCUAAAACGUGGGAAAUGGUUGUGCACUGUGGGUCCAUGAAACCGUUACCGGCACCGAUUGUAGGCAUUGAACGAAAGAGCUGGUUGAAAUUAUUAGGUGUCACAUUUCAGGAAAAUCCAUGUUGCUGGGAUCUUCAUAUCGAUGAUCUUCUGUCGAAGACCAGCGGGCGUAUGUACAUAUUGAGAGUGUGUAGAUGCUAUGGUUACUCUGCAGAUCAACUAAGCAAAUUAUUCGAUUCGCUAAUCAUGUCACUCUUUUACUAUUGCAUUGAAGUGUGGGGCUCUGCACUCCAAAAGAAAUAUUUGGAUCGUGUAGACAAGUUUUUCCGGCGGGCUUAUCGUUAUAGAUAUACGGCAAAGAGUAUUAAGAUAUCUGAAGUGAUCGAGGAGAGAGACAGAAAAUUAUUCAGCAAAAUCGUAUCGAAUCCAGAACAUGCCCUACAUGAAUUGCUUCCUGUGUGUAAACAAAGGAUCUUAAGACAGGGAACAUAA